AUGCUAGGUUUUUUCCUCGAGGCUACAAGGAUCAUCAUUCUCUCUAUUGCAUCCGCUGUCGCGCGCGGAUCAAAACGAGUGUUUUGCGAAACGCCGACUGUCUCAAUUAUUCUAUACUUUGUUGAAAAGUUGCUUGUUGAGGCAUUAGCGAAUCAUAUUAAUGAAUCUCCUGGACUCAACAAGCGGUUUGAAUCUGAUGCUGAAGUAGGAAAUCCUGAUGCCCGAUUCCUUGCUUUAAAAGUUCGAGAUAAAGUUUCUACUGACAACUCCAUUUAUGGGAAACUUCUACCUAACCCGUUUAGCUCUAGCCAGCUUUUCUCUGCUGAUCACCUAUCCUUCCUGAGUAAUUGUUUGAAGGAGGCAACCUUCUGUCAGCCCUGUGUUCAUAGUAUCCGACCUGUUUUGAUAAAUAUACUUAUACCCAAUACUGUUCCACAAUUGGGAGAUGCAGCGCCAGCUUCAAGCUCAUUAAAGAAACAUAAAAAGAGUAGAAAAUCUUGCUCUUCUGAUGAGGAAAUUGCGAAUAAUCUCAAGUCUUUUUGUGAAAUUAUUAUUGAAGAAUCCCUUGUCCUCUCAUCUCAUGACCGUAAGCACUUGGCUUUUGAUGUUAUGUUUCUUCUUCUGCAAAAGCUGUCUGCAUCUUUAGUUCCAAUUGUUUUGUCAAACAAAGUUGUUCACUACAUAGGUGGCAUACCAGAUUCAAACUUGCAUCAGCAUCAAAACCUGCACAGUUCAGACACAAAACAUGCAUGA